AUUUUAUUUUAUUAUUUAUUUUAAAAUAUUUUAUUCAUUUAUUCAUGAGAGGCACACGGAGAGAGAGAGAGAGAGAGAGAGGCAGAGACACAGGCAGAGGGAGAAGCAGGCUCCAUGCGGGGAGCCCAAUGCGGGACUCGAUCCCGGGACUCCAGGAUCACGCCCUGGGCCGAAGGUGACGCUAACCACUGAGCCACCCGGGCUGCCCAGGAGGUAGAUCUUAAAGUACACGAGUUCUUGGUUUCUGCAACACUCCUUUAUCACAGUACGCCUAGGAAACUUGGGACGUUUUCUUACGCAUCCUUUUGUGGAUCGAGAGGUACAGUCCAUACAUCCAGCGAUAUGAUCACAAUCACCUAAAAUUCUGGUAAAAUAAUUCAACUUAAUGUAAGGAAGCUUAUAAAAAGAAGUUGAGAGAAGGACCCUAAACUAAAAGCACCUUGGUAGCAGACUGUUGAGACCUAGUGUUUAUACUUGAGCAGAUUUGUUUUCAUGUUUCAUUCAUAAUGACAGUUUCAUUUUCUAAAAGAUUUUAUUUAUUUAUUCAUAAGAGACAGGCAGAGACACAGGCAGAGGGAGAAGCAGGCCCCGUGCGGAGGGCAGGAUGCAGGACUCGAUCCCAGAACCCUGGGGUCACGCCCUGAGCUGAAGGCAGACGUUCAACCGCUGAGCCACCCAGGUGUCCCAGUUUCACUUUUUAAUACUUCACGUGACACUGGAAAAUUGUGAAAUUGUGGGGCAUCCUGUUUUCAGUGCUGCUUGAUGAGUAAGCCCUUAAAAACAUCACCUGUACGGUGGUCCUUGAUGUCCAUGAUCCCCGCCCUGUGGCCUUUGCUGGCAGCGCCCAGGAGGGUCUCGUCUCGUGCACGCCCACAGUCUGGAUUGUGUGAACGGGCAAGUAUCAAACUGAGGGCCCGGUGCUAGCGGCUUGGCUGACGUCAUUCGUCUGGUUCUUCUGAGACGGAGCUGAAACCCCAGGCUUGAGCACCUCCGGCAUGCAGGCUUCCAGCAGCGGGUCCGUGCACCUGAGUGAGUGGCAGAAGAAUUACUUUGCAAUUACAUCUGGCACGUGUACCGCAGGACAGAAGGCGGACGCGUACCGGGCACAGAUAUUAUGCAUUCAGUAUGCAUGGGCAAACGCCGAGAUGUCCCCGGCCUGCGCCACCAGACUGUUCAGAAGAUACGCAGAGAGAUAUUCUGCAGUCAUUGAUUCUGACAAUGUUGAGACUGGCUUGAAUAACUACGCGGAAAGCAUUUUAACCUUAGCAAGGUCUCAGCAAACCGACAGUGACAGGUGGCAGUCUGGAUUGUCAAUAAAUAAUGUCUUCAAAAUGAGUAAUGUGCAGGAGAUGAUGCAAGCCGGCAAGAAAUCCAGAGACUCUCUGUUGGCACCUGCUGAUGCAUCGGUAGUCAUCCAUCAAGAGGCUGUUGUCCUCGAUCCCCCUAAAUUGAGUGUGUGUGGGGGUUCUGGGGAGGGCCGCCCAUUAACUAACUCAGCGCAUGAUACCACCAGGACCCUGGACAUCCCAGAGGGCAGCCCUCCGAAGUGCCCUCAGAGUGCCCUGCCGCCUGCGCUGCCCAACGCCGGUAAGACCUGUCCCACGUCCUUAACACCAUUGGGUGACUUUGCCACCGCAAAGAUCCAUGCCACGCCGUUAUUUGGAAACGUCCGGAAGCACAGUAACAGCUCUCCGAAAGCCAACGUAGGACUAAAUGUGUUCUCGUCUAAUCAGUCUUGUUUGCCUUCCGUCUGCGAAGAUCCACGGGAGAGGAGAGCUUUUUAUGGUUCUGGCACCAUUGAUGCCCUUUCUGCCCCAAUGGUGAAUAAGGCUUUCAGUAAAACGGGAGAUAACGGCCAAAGAGAAGAGGGUAGCUUGCCUACUUUUAAGACUGCAAAAGAACAGUUAUGGGUGGAUCAGCAAAAGAAGUACCAGCAAGCCCAGCGAGCAUCCGGGUCCUCAUACGGCGGCGUGAAGAAGUCUCUGGGAGCCAGCAGGUCCCGAGGGAUAUUUGGGAAGUUUGUGCCUCCUCUCCCUAAGCAAGAUGGGGGAGAUCAGAAUGGGGGAGUGCAGUAUAAGCCGUACAGCCCGGGACCCGCAGAGCCGGCACAUCCCGUUGAUGAGCGUCUGAAGAACUUGGAGCCAAAGAUGAUUGAACUUAUCAUGAAUGAGAUCAUGGAUCACGGCCCGCCAGUCAACUGGGAAGAUAUCGCAGGAGUAGAAUUUGCCAAAGCCACGAUAAAGGAGAUAGUCGUGUGGCCCAUGAUGAGGCCAGACAUCUUUACUGGCCUACGAGGACCCCCUAAAGGAAUUCUGCUCUUCGGGCCCCCCGGGACCGGGAAGACUCUGAUUGGCAAGUGCAUCGCGAGCCAGUCUGGGGCGACGUUCUUCAGUAUCUCCGCUUCUUCUUUGACUUCUAAAUGGGUGGGUGAGGGGGAGAAAAUGGUCCGUGCGCUGUUUGCUGUGGCAAGGUGUCAGCAGCCAGCUGUCAUAUUCAUUGAUGAAAUCGAUUCCCUGUUGUCUCAACGAGGAGAUGGCGAGCACGAAUCUUCUAGAAGGAUAAAAACCGAAUUCCUAGUUCAGUUAGAUGGAGCAACCACGUCCUCUGAAGAUCGUAUUCUAGUGGUGGGAGCGACCAAUCGGCCCCAAGAAAUUGAUGAGGCCGCCCGGAGAAGGCUGGUGAAAAGGCUUUAUAUUCCCCUCCCGGAAGCUUCGGCCAGGAGGCAGAUCGUGAUUAACCUGAUGUCCAAGGAGCAGUGCUGCCUCAGCGAGGAGGAAAUCGCACUGGUUGUACGUCAGUCCGACGGGUUCUCGGGAGCCGACAUGACACAGCUUUGCAGAGAGGCGUCUCUCGGGCCUAUUCGCAGCCUGCAGACUGCUGACAUCGCCACCAUAGCUCCCGAGCAAGUUCGACCAAUAGCUUACGUUGACUUUGAGAACGCCUUUAGAACCGUGCGGCCUAGUGUGUCUCCUAGAGACUUAGAGCUCUACGAGAACUGGAACAGGACUUUUGGUUGUGGGAAGUAAAGGGACAGACGGGACACUUGAAAUUUAGAGAUGGCAUCUUUGGGAUGCAGCCUCUCCCGCUUUUCUAGCCUGGGAGACUGGGAAUUUAUUAGUCGUGCUUUUAGUGCCUGUACUGAAUUCUACACCUCAAAUAAAAAAUAGCGUAACAGGAGCUCAGAUUUUACAGUCGAUUGACUUAGCCUGUGUUAAUGGAAGCUUUAGUGUUCGUCCAGACGUUCCCUGAUUGCGAGCUUCUUCGUACAACAUGUGAAGGAACGUUUUUCUUUGGUUUCAAAGCGGUCUUUCUUUUCAAGAUGUACAAUAUGAUGAAUAGUGAGCUCAGAUUGAAACCAGAAAAUCUCCUGUGUCACGAGGUGGCAUCUGAUGGGCACGCGUCUUCCGUUGAAGACAAGGUGUCUCCUGAAGCCACGUAACCCUUCGUGUUGGCCGGUGUCGUGGUUUAUGUGGGACGCAGCUUUGCUCACUGCUGUUGAGUAGGUCUCAGAUCUCCCCAGACCCUGGGAUCAAAGUGCCAGUGUUUUGUUCUGGUUUGUGACCGCUUCAGAAGUAGCCGGGCGCAAUCUAAUAAUCAGAGACGUAGCCGCAGAAUCAGAGGGUGAAGAAUGCCGUGUUUUUCAGGGAGUGGGUGAUGUUGGAAAUUAAUACUUUAUUUGACCAUACUUCACAGCCCGUGGCAUCGGUCUCUCAAAAAUAAACGUUUUCAGAUUUUUAUAAUGGACCAGUUUAUUUUAUAAGGUAAUGGAUGUCCAUUGUAGAAAUAUUGGGGAAUAGAAAUGAACAGCAAGAAGAGAGUAAAAACCACCGUCGUCCCACCACUUUGGGGAACACAGUGGCGUUUCUUCCAGGGGUUUUGCACAGGACCGAGGCUGCACUGCGUUCCCCUUUGUAGCCUGCGUUUUCCUUUCUGUCCUCAUCACUUUCCUGUGACCGUGCUCUUUGACAACAUCUUCCCUUAGGAUCCCGUCGUGCAGAUGGACUAUAAUUAGCCAGUCCUUUCCUGGGAGCAUUCAGCACAUUUAGCAUGUUGUUCAGCUUUUGUUCAUUGUACACAAAAACACGUUGAAUGCCUUAGUGAUUGUUUAAGAAAAUAAAUACACAUUUCUUGAGUAAAACUCUUGCAUUAAAGAUCAUGCACAGUU